CGGUUAUGGAGGGAGCUGAACUGCGUAAAGGGCCUUGGCACGAGGAAGAGGACGACCAGCUAGCUGCUUCUGUUGCUGUUUUGGGUGAUAAAAGAUGGGAUGCAUUAGCCAAAGCAUCGGGGCUAAGGAGGAGUGGCAAAAGCUGUAGACUGCGGUGGAUGAACUAUCUCCGUCCUAAUUUGAAGCAUGGCAACAUCUCUGUUGAAGAAGAGCGAAUUAUCAUCGAACUUCACCAGAAAUGGGGAAACAGGUGGUCGAAGAUUGCAAGGAGAUUGCCCGGAAGAACUGAUAACGAGAUAAAGAACUACUGGAGAAGUUACUCAAAGAAGAAAGCUCCACUAGUUGAGAAAGAAUGCGGUAGCACGAGACCAGAAUGUGCAACGAAAAGUCCAAUGAAGAGCGACAUAUGUGAUGCAAUGAGAUCACCUUAUGAGGUCAGGUUGACGGAGUGGAUGUCAAACUGGCCUACGGAUGGCUCCUUCGACUGCAAUGUUUACAGUCCGGAAUGGAUCUCCGGAGACUGGGAUAUUUCUCUCUGGGGUGGAGACUGAGAUUUAUGUACUAUUACUAUAAUCA